AUGCCGCCAAACGACCGUGAAGAACGACGUCGCAUGCGCCAGCGCGGCGCUGGCACAAGCGGCCUGUCCGUGGGCAACUUUGGUUUCACUUUCGGCGCCGCACCUCUUCCAGCACAACCUUCUUCGCGCCGAACCCCGAAACCGUCGCCUCCUCAGCCCUCGUCACGUCGCACCCCUGCGUCCAAGGCAGAUCCUCUACCUGCGCGACGCUCAACUCGCAAAACUCCCGCCUCCAAUUCAUCGCGCCGUACGUCGAAUGCGCUAUCUGCACAGCGUUCAUCGCGAAAAUCUCCAGCUCCGCUGCCGCCGAAGAUAUCCGCCCGUAAGACACCCAAGGAACAACCACCGGCUGCCGCACCGGGCAGUUCCUCAGCUCGAGCCAGUGGAAGGACACAGCGACGUUCGAGAACGCCGAGCCAAUCAAAUGAGCAGACAUUUGUUACUCCAUCUAUCAUAGGAAAGAGAAAGAGGCCAAGUGUUGUCCAGCAAGUCCCAGAAAGCCAGGAAGAUGAGCUGGAGCAAAACGACGACGAGUAUCAAACAUCCGCAAGGAAAGCGCAAGCAGGAUCGGCAAGGAGAACAAGCGGAAUAGUUCAUGCGACUCCCUUAGCUAUUACAGCGGAUGCAGAGGACGAGUUGGAGGAUAACGACGUGGACCACACGCUGUCAUCGGGACGUAGACCUCUGAGCUCUUUGAAAAACGUUGGCAACGUUGGGGCGACAUCGAGUCCUAGAUUGUUCGUGAGCCAGGACGAGCCCAGCCCUGUUCCUGUUGUUAAACGUGCUGGCCGACCACGGAAGUCUAUUGAAGAUCCCGACAGCACUGUUGCUGAGCCAUCCAGUACUGCUGGAAAGAGAUCUACCCGCAGAAGUUCACAAACGGAGAGAGUUCACGAAGAUUUAACCAUGGACGAGGCGUACGAGGACGAUCUCUCUGCAGAUGAGCUAUCUCCAGUCGCUUCUCGUCAGCAACUUGAGCGUAUCGAGGAAGAAGAUACAGAGUCUGAGCAGACAGCUGCUUCUUCUGGAGACGAAACUGUGUCCCAAGACUCAACACCUGAAAUUGCAACGAGCAACAUCCCGCCUCAACCAAGGCCUCGUGGCAGACCGCCAGGAUCCAAAUCUACACCAGCGGCCUCGAGAACACGCAAGCCGCAACCAGGUUCAGCUGCCCCGGCACAGAAACGGGCUCGUCGGAGAACCACCGCUGCUGAAAGAGGUCCCCGCGUUCCCGUUACUGUCUACCGCAUAUCGGCGCCUCGUAAACCUACCGACGACGCCUCCGUGAUCGACGAGCUUGAACUUCCCACCCCCUCCGCUGUGGCCAAUACGCGUCUGCCUACAGUCAAUGCCGUUGAUAUCCUCGCGCAGGUCACCUCCGAGCUCACCGCCCGUAUGAAUGACUCCCUCAUUCGACAAGCCGCCGAAGCAGGCACAUCCGAUAAGGCCCGUCGUGCCGAACUCAAGCGCCGCUCCAGCAUUGUCGAAGCUUUCUCCACGGAGCUGACCGACCGCCUCUUCGAGCUCACCGAGGCGGUCGAUGCCGGCGAGGCUCUCCGCUCUCGGCUCAAGGCUGCGAUGAAGGAGAAGGUUGCGUUGCGCUCGGAGUUUUUGGGCGUCCGCAGGGAGCGCGAGCAGACCGCGCUGCGGAUGGACGCGGUGCGUCAGGCGCACAUGCAGGCCGAAGCGAAGAGGCGGCACGACGAGGAGCUGAGCGAUGCGCUGUACGGGAUCGAGACCGCCGUGCAGCGGGGUAGAGAGAAGGCUGUGCGUGAGGGCCGGCAGGACGAGGGACCGGAGGUUGACACAUUGUGGGAGAUUGAAGACGCUCUUAGUAGUGGUGUUAGUGGAGCUGGUCCUCGAGGUGGCUUGCUGGAUAGGGUGAAGGACUUCAAUGGCUUCUUAGAGAAGGCGGCGACGGUGAUUGAGGGGCGGUCAUGA